CUAGCCCAAUACAGUAAAGAUCUGUUAGCACAUUAGAGAAUAGACUUUGAUUCUGACUGGCGAAAGACACGAUCGUUUGCUCCACAAGGGGUUAAAUCAAAAAUAACCGUAAAGCUUUUCGAGCAUUUUUUCUCACGCUACAGAGAACAAAGACAGUGUUGAAGUUGUACCGGUAGGGCAUAAAAGAUAGGAAGGCGAUAUCAUGUUAUUAAAGAAUCGAGGAAACAUGUCGCACUUCAACCAAACCUUGGUCCUCGCCGACAACGUGACCUACACAGCCUGGCCUUGUCAUUACGGGUUCGGCCCGGGCGUUGUACUCAGUUCUACUAGUCUCGUUGUCGGGCUGCUCGGGAGUAUUGGGAACCUACUAGUAUGCUUUACUGUACUCCGGAGCUAUGAACUUCGUAACACCCCCCACUACCUUCUAUUCAACCUGGCGAUGGCUGAUUUAAUGGUCUCGCUCUCUCUGCCCUUGUUCUCCGCAUGGAUGGUAGGCCUAAUACAUGGGCGCUGUUACGGGAUGCUCUCUCACGUACGCGGCUUCGUGCUGAACACGUCCGUGCUCGCGUCUGUGUCCACACUAGUGAUUAUCAGUAUCGAGAGGAUGGCUGCCGUGAUGUUACCCCUUCGCCACUUAACCAUCCUGACAGCAAGACGGCUAGGAAUCAUGGUCACUAUCUCGUGGCUUCUCUCUAGCAUCUACGGUGCGCUCAUUGCUUCGGACGUCCAGAAUCAAAGCUACGAGCAUUACUUCAUAUUUACGGUGGCUUCUCUGGGCGGACUUUGCUUGCAGUUCGCUCUGAUCAUCGCCUGCUACACGGCUAUCUUCGUCAAACUACUGGUGCAAUCUCGUAAGAGGGUGCACCUCCAGACCAUCCAAAGUUUGCGGUACAGGACGUUUCUUCUCGAGGCUCGGGUCGCAAAGACAACGGCGAUAGUGGUGGGCGCGUUUGUGUUCUGCUGGGCGCCAUUCAUCUGUUUGCGCCUCGUGGCGCAUGCGGCCUUGGUCACGGUCAUGUCGCCAUGGACCGAACUUCUCGCACAAGCAAACAGCUCACUAAACCCCGUGAUCUACUUUUAUCGAUUUGCUGAGUACCGCCGCGCUUACAUCCGGGUAUUUAGGCGUGCCCAGUGUUGCCGUCACGUGGCGGUAAAGGAGACGACUGCUACGCAUGCGCGAAGUGGAACUAGUAGGCGCUUGUGAAUUUCAUACGUAUGAUUAAGCAGACCCCCAUCCACAGACCGACCCCUUUCAGUCACGAAUUUCACGGAAUAAAGUGGAACGGUGUAAAUAAUCUGUUGAGACUUACCCCAUUUCCUUUUAUCUACACCUUCACAUGUCAAAAGAGUUCGUAGGAACCUCAAAUGUCCAGCUAAUAAGGGCGGGCCGUUAUCUAAAACACACAAAAUCAGUCAGUCACCCCUAAUGCUUGCAGAGAAGAAUUCAGCUACAGCACCCUCUCGUGGUGGCGCACGAGAGCACCCUCUCGCAGCAGAACGCGCAAAAGGAAUUUGGACACAACACCCUCUCGCAGCAGAACGCGCAAAAGGAAUUUGGACACAACACCCUCUCGUGGUGGCGCGCGAGAACACCCUCUCGCAGCAGAACGCGCAAAAGGAAUUUGGACACAACACCCUCUCGUGGUGGCGCGCGAGAGCACCCUCUCGCAGCAGAACGCGCAAAAGGAAUUUGGACACAACACCCUCUCGUGGUGGCGCGCGAGAGCACCCUCUCGCCGCAGAACGCGCAAAAGGGAUUUGUACACAACACCCUCUCGUGGUGGCGCACGAGAGCACCCUCUCGCAGCAGAACGCGCAAAAGGAAUUUGUACACAACACCCUCUCGUGGUGGCGCGCGAGAACACCCUCUCGCAGCAGAACGCGCAAAAGGAAUUUGGACACAACACCCUCUCGUGGUGGCGCGCGAGAACACCCUCUCGCAGCAGAACGCGCAAAAGGAAUUUGGACACAACACCCUCUCGUGGUGGCGCGCGAGAGCACCCUCUCGCAGCAGAACGCGCAAAAGGAAUUUGGACACAACACCCUCUCGUGGUGGCGCGCGAGAGCACCCUCUCGCCGCAGAACGCGCAAAAGGGAUUUGUACACAACACCCUCUCGUGGUGGCGCACGAGAGCACCCUCUCGCAGCAGAACGCGCAAAAGGAAUUUGUACACAACACCCUCUCGUGGUGGCGCGCGAGAGCACCCUCUCGCAGCAGAACGCGCAAAAGGAAUUUGGACACAACACCCUCGAGUGGUGGCGCGCGAGAGCACCCUCUCGCAGCAGAACGCGCAAAAGAAAUUUGGACACAACACCCUCUCGUGGUGGCGCACGAGAACACCCUCUCGCAGCAGUACGCGCAAAAGGAAUUUGUACACAACACCCUCUCGUGGUGGCGCACGAGAGCACCCUCUCGCAGCAGAACGCGCAAAAGGAAUUUGUACACAACACCCUCUCGUGGUGGCGCGCGAGAGCACCCUCUCGCAGCAGAACGCGCAAAAGGAAUUUGGACACAACAUUCUCUCGUGGUGGCGCACGAGAGCACCCUCUCGCAGCAGAACAAGAGAGAAUUUAGCUACAGUGGAACCUCGACUUUAUGUUAUUUUUUAUUCCGAGGCAUAGCCUAAAACCCUUUCAUAUAAACAAUUGUCUUACCAAGAUUCGAAGAGGACUCAAAGUUCAACAGCCACUGGAUCUCAUUUUCCAGCAUUUUGGUCGGGUUCACUUUCAUCAGUCUCUGUUCCGUCACUAAAAAUACAAGCCAAUUUAACAUAAUUAUCCUCUUUUUGCAACCCUCUGAGGAAAUACGCAGCGGAGAGGACGGCAACGGCGAAAAACUGAGCCAUUUAGUACGCUUUUACUUUCACAUACUUGACAACAGUAUUUAAUUCCGCGGUGCGCUAAAUAUUGGGAGAUGUGUGGGUGUUUACCUGUGAGGUAAUCCAUCAAUCUGCAGAGUAGAUCGAAAAACUGGGUACAAUUCUUCUGAAGCCUGCAAGGAACGAAAAUGAAAUAAUCCGCGAUGUGCUAUUUAGCAAGAUCAAAAGCUUCUCUAUCACAUACCUGUGAUUUUUGCCGCGAACGAACCGGUUCGGUGUCCAGAGCGGUAACGGGGCAUUGAGCAAGACGGUUAGGAGAAAGUGGUUUGGCGUUUGUACCUUUGUAUCUAAAGGUAGAAAUAAAGUGAUUUACUUGUUAUUCUGCAAGGGAAUCAAAAUGGCCAAGAUACAGAACUUCAACGAGAGCUGCCAUAGGAACGGAUCUGUCUCCACACCUGCACCCUUGACUAGACAGAUAAGCAGCUACUUACCACCAACGGGUGUUUGGCUAAGUAUUAGAAAUUGCUCUACCCCAUUCAACCGGACCUGAAAGACAAACAGCACAUAUGACCCAUGCAUGUGCGUCGAACGCGAAGCGGGUACUGGGUGUCCGCAGAAACACACCAGAAGUAAUCAGAUCUUGUGCCAUAAGAAACAAAUCAUUCUAAACCUUUUACAAACCUGCGGGUGAGGCGAGCCAAUUAAUAUUUCUACGAUGAACUCAUUCACAUUUGGAAGAUAAUAAAAUACACCUGUAAAAAAGUAAAGGCCAUCAAGGAGCUUUCAUUUCAAAUCGCGAUGACGGUAAGCAAUCCUACCUAUUAAUUGGGUUCGUAAUUGUAAACAAAGAACGAGCAGUUGAAGAGCCUCAGCGACUAUCACAACAUCCUAUCAACAAAAGAAAAAGCAUCAAUUCCUUUAUCAUCAAGAACCACAUUCAACUUUUUUGCAAAAUCCGCAGAGACAAAGCUAGAAUACAGUAGGUUGUUGAGCAGUUACAGUGUGGCUAAAGUGUUAUAUAGAGGUGCAGUUCAAGUAUGAUACUAUAUUUUGUUAUAACUUGCGCGACCUAUUAAUUUAACAAUUAAUUUAUGCGCAGCGUAUGUUUGCAUCUUAAGCCCAGCGUGGAAUACCUCUAUGUAGCCUCUCAUGUCUCUCAAGAAGAGCGUGGUAGCCCUUUGGAAUCCUCUCUUCCUCGCAAGAAGAGACAGUUGAAGGCUUUUCCACAGUCUCAAGACACGGUGCAAAAAAACCCCAGUUCUGGAGUGCAGGAUGCUGUAGUGCUAAGCGUGUUGUAUACGUAGACGAUGCAGUUCUACUCACGUACAUACCUUAUUUGAUACUUCUAAGUUGUUGUUAGAAGCAAUGGACGACCUGAAGGAUUUCAGCGAGUCGGAAUCGCUGCCCCCGUCGUCGUCAGAGCUCUGGCUGGACAGAUGCUGCCUCCCGCCCGCCAGAUGCAACUUGCCGCCCGCCGCCGCCCACGCGACUCGCAUCAAACACGCUAUAGUCUCCGCGAAAUCAUCUCUGUUCAUCGUCUGACAAAAAAAAAAACAGAUAUAAAGUGAGAAAGAUAUAAAUUUAAUACACGUGUUUUGCCAGGCUUAGGAUACUCGAUAAUUGCCAAGCCAGAAAAGCAUGAUGGGAGGACGGGAAGAUAUGAUAAAUGAAAUGAAGGGUUUACAUAACGUUCGUACGAUGUCUAGCAGCUAUAAGUUACACUAAGAAGUCAUCGAUGUAAUCAACUGACUGACUGAAAAUGAAAUACAAGAAAAAAAAACGC